ACCAGCGGUAUCCUAAUUAAUCACAUGCUUACCAGGAAAUUUUGAAAAAAUGGCGGACGAAAUUGUGUUGAGCUUUCACGAUAGUCUUCUUCGGGAAUCGGAUCUCAGUUUGCUCCAGGAAGGUCGUUGGCUGAAUGAUAGGCUGAUAGGAUUUGUGUUCGAAAUGAUGGGUCGUUCUGUUUUUAUUCUUACAGCUAAAGGAAGCCCAGCUUUUGUAGAAAGCAGGUGUCCUCAACAAACAAACAGUUAUGACUGCGGUGUCUAUGUCAUUUGUGUUGCUGAGGAACUUUGCAAAAACUUCCUUGCCAGUAAGGAAACAUCUCUGAGUGACACAGUAACAGCAGAAAAUAUUCAACAAAAGAGGAGAGCACUGAAGAAACUUAUCCUUGACCUUGGGCAAACAAAGACCUGAGUAAUGAAUGCAAAGACAAUCAUGCUGAUUGUCAAGAUUGAUCUUAACACCUUCUCCAGAAGAGUGUUGGAACAACAGCAUCCUAGCUUGGGGAAGGCUGACGCAGGACUGUCGAACCCUAGAAAGAUACUACAGAACUUGUGUCAUUUUUAGAAAAUUUAAAUACUUUUUAUGAAGGAAAAACAUGAGCACAUGCUAAGAACCAUGUUUUUGGAAGGUGAUCUCCUUGAAAAUGUCAGAAAUGUGAGUGAUAAUUUAUUAGGAAAAUGGUAAAAAGGACUGGUUUUAAACAAUGUGACUUCCAAGAAUGUGUUGAAUGUUUUGAAAUAUCAGUUAUAUGGUCAUGGUUAUAUACCCAUCUUUCUGGUAAAAAGAAAAUAAAAUUAAUAUUAAAAAAUAAUAUAAUUAAUAUAAAAAUUUAAAAAAACACAAACAAACAGAAAUAAA